UCUGGCAUCUCUGCUGGUGGGUCUAACGCGGUCAUCUUGUGAAAAUUGUAGUUUGCUUUUCGUUAAAUUAAAUUUGCGAAAAUUACUCUUUUCGUGAUCGGAAUCCUGUUUUUAGUUAUAGUUUGGGUAGAACCGUGAAUGUUUAUCAAUGUCGUUUGAAAGAACCAAUCCAUUUCUCUGCGAUAUAAUGCUGAUAGAUUCACUGUUCUAAUUGUAUUCGGAAUCAAGUUUUUUUUCACUCCGAAUCAUAUUCCGUUUUUCGCUUUCGUAAGUCUGGAGAUCAAGUUUUUUUCCAGCAAAACUGGAUCUGAACAUUAUUUCAAACCGGAAGUGAGAGGUUAAUUGUUAUCGAGGAAGUGCGGUAGGCCGAACAUAAAAGGCUCGUUUGUACGGCCCAGGUUUAUAGGAAAAGUAGCAAAGAUAGAUACCGUGUGGGGUUGGGCCUCUGCCCCGCUGCGCCUAGCGGCAAACAGAAUGGGCGACGUAUUAAUUUCUGACCGUCCCCCAUCUCCAGCGAGUAGACUGUCCCACACAUCGGAGAAGCAUCCGCGGGUAACACUAACCGAGUUGAAUGUUCUUCGGCGACAUAGAGAGCUAUGCGAUGUAGUCAUCAAUGUCAGCGGACGGAAAAUUUUUGCUCAUCGGGUAAUCUUGUCAGCAUGCAGCCCGUAUUUUCGAGCCAUGUUUACGGGAGAACUGGAAGAGUCUCGCCAGACGGAAGUUACUAUUCGGGAUAUUGAUGAAAACGCAAUGGAAUUGUUGAUCGAUUUUUGUUAUACCUCGCAUAUUGUGGUAGAGGAAUCAAAUGUCCAGACUCUGCUUCCGGCGGCAUGUUUAUUGCAAUUGGCGGAAAUUCAGGAUAUAUGUUGUGAAUUUCUGAAGCGUCAAUUAGAUCCCACCAAUUGUUUAGGAAUACGUGCAUUUGCUGAUACACAUUCCUGUAGGGAAUUACUACGAAUCGCAGAUAAAUUCACGCAGCACAAUUUCCAGGAAGUGAUGGAAAGUGAGGAGUUUUUGUUACUUCCAGUUGGGCAAUUAGUGGACAUUAUAUGCAGUGAUGAACUAAAUGUUCGCUCGGAGGAACAAGUGUUCAAUGCGGUAAUGGCUUGGUUGAAAUACAACGUAGCUGAACGUCGACAACAUCUGGCGCAGGUUCUUCAGCAUGUAAGGAUGCCUCUGUUGAGUCCCAAGUUUUUAGUUGGAACGGUAGGAUCAGACCUACUGGUUCGAUCCGACGAAGCCUGUCGUGAUCUGGUAGAUGAAGCGAAAAAUUAUUUGUUACUUCCACAAGAGAGGCCUUUGAUGCAGGGACCGAGGACGCGCCCUAGGAAGCCUACACGACGAGGUGAAGUAUUGUUUGCUGUUGGAGGUUGGUGUUCAGGUGAUGCGAUUGCAUCUGUCGAACGUUUCGAUCCGGAAACAGCAGAUUGGAAAAUGGUAGCUCCCAUGAGUAAACGACGUUGUGGUGUCGGAGUAGCGGUCCUAAAUGAUCUGCUUUACGCUGUUGGCGGUCAUGAUGGCCAGAGUUAUUUGAACAGCAUUGAAAGGUAUGAUCCUCAGACUAACCAGUGGAGCUGUGAUGUUGCUCCAACGACUAGUUGCCGAACCAGUGUUGGUGUGGCUGUACUAGAUGGGUUUCUGUAUGCCGUUGGCGGUCAGGAUGGAGUUCAGUGUCUGAAUCAUGUCGAACGGUACGAUCCUAAGGAGAACAAAUGGUCGAAGGUAGCUCCUAUGACAACACGCCGAUUAGGCGUGGCCGUUGCCGUACUUGGAGGCUACCUCUACGCCAUUGGUGGCUCUGAUGGCCAGUGCCCGUUGAAUACGGUAGAAAGGUACGAUCCCCGACAGAACAAGUGGUGUGCUGUUAGUCCUAUGUCAACCAGACGGAAACAUCUCGGCUGUGCGGUCUUCAACAAUUUCAUUUACGCUGUCGGUGGUCGAGACGAUUGUAUGGAACUGUCAUCCGCCGAGCGUUACAAUCCGCAUACGAAUUCAUGGAGCCCAAUUGUUGCCAUGACUUCCAGACGUAGUGGGGUCGGUCUGGCGGUAGUAAACGGACAGCUCUAUGCCGUAGGCGGCUUUGAUGGUACUGCUUAUCUAAAAACCAUCGAAGUGUAUGACCCGGAGACGAACCAGUGGCGUCUGUGUGGCUGCAUGAACUACCGACGGCUAGGCGGUGGUGUUGGAGUGAUGCGGGCACCGCAAACCGAGAAUUACAUGUGGAUACGAAAAGAUUCUGUUGUUUAACAUUCAUGCACACUCGAACUCGACUAGAUUGAAAGGGAAAAAAGUAAACGAGAUCUGUCGCACAUGUUCGUGGGCUUAUGCUACAAAAUCAAAUCGUUGGUUAGCUUUUUUCGAAGUGGUAGACAUUUUUAUGAUUAUACAGUAUCAGGGAACCUCAAAAUACGAAACGAAAAUAAACAACAUAUUGCUAUUAACGCUAAGCGUCCUUUAAAAGAAUUUCAUACUCAGAACUUCUUGCUAUAAAGUUCAUGUUUGUUACGAAAUUUCACAGUGACAAGUCAACAAAUUUCAUUUCAGAGGCACACACGUCAUCAUAAGCUAUAAUCAUUUAUGAAAACAGAAACUCACAGUUGCACAUAGUAGAUAUUAGACAAUGUUACACUAAUUUCGUUCAAAUAUUAUGUUAUUCACAUCACAUGGAAAUCGCUAGCUAUGGUGUAUGAAUAUCACAUGUUUUUCAAUAUGGUACGCGAAAACUUGUCUUGCUUAUUAAAUUUAAAUUUGAUUUGUGUAUACUCUUAAGAUUAUUCAAUCAUUUUGAUCAUCACGCACUGGCAUGUGCUGCUGUGUUUCAUCAGUGUAAGUUUGUUUAUUGUUUAAUUGUUCAACAUCAGAAGCUCAUACAUUAUAAAUUGUUUGUACCAUAACUCUUAUUCAUCCGAUCUCAUCUCGCUUCUUUCCAACAUUUUGAUCUGUCGAAUUCUAAAGCUUAAAACCUUAAAAUAAAUGAAAAUCCUGAGUAAAGUAGUUAAAUUUUACAGAAUUCCUCUUUAAUAAUGCAAGUAACGAUUCAUACUGAAGACAUUAGGUGAUCAAUUUAGUUUUUUGUCGGGAUAAGAAUUAUACUUUGUAUUAGAAGAGUGCAUGGUUGGUCAUCUGAAGUAUAUAAAUAGGUUACUUUAUUUAGUAAUUUGACGUAGUGGAUUGCAAUUGAAUCCUGCUUAUCAAACUUACAUUGUUUUUUAUGUUAUUUUUAUCAACUUAAGAAAUAUCGUGAAGAUAAAUUAUUGCUAAAGAAGUUGUUAAAUAAAAACUGUAGAUAAUAGAAA